AUGUCCUUUACGUAUCACCCAUGCAUUGCAGCCGGAGACCACAAAGGCUACAUGAAAUAUGCCCUCGAACAGGCCCGCCUGUCUCCCCCAGCGCCAACCAAGUUCUGCGUAGGCGCAGUCCUCGUAGACGCCGAGAAGAAUGAGAUCCUAUCGACCAGAUAUUCAAUGGAAUUGGCUGGUGACAGGCCAGACGAUCCAGGAAACACGCACGCGGAGCAAUGUUGCUUGAUCAAAGUUGCUGAACAGCACCAUGUGCCGGAAGAUCAACUUGCCUCGGCCGACUUCCGGGACAAUCAACGAACUGACCUUAUCCUUCCAGCUGGAUGCUUCUUGAUCAUGUCUCAUUUCCCUCCUGACGAUACCGGCUUUACGCCGGGUCCACCGCGCCGGCCAUAUUCGCGCCGAGACGACAUGGACAGUCGCAUGUACGACGAUCCAUCGCCCUCCCGAUCACGCUCGCCUGGCGAUCCCGUUACCGAAGUCGAGACCACGAUGAUUAUCGGCGCCGGCAGUCGAGGUCACCUCCGCCUCGACGAGGGAGACCAGCGUACUGCGAUCGCGACAGAGAAGGCUAUCGCUCUCCCGGAUACCACAGUCGAAGUCGAAGCUACAGUCGCAGUCGCAGUCGGGGCGAUCGACGCGGCCGCCCGCACGGACAAGAAAGUCGAGAGAUAA